AUGGGCGCCUCGGAGUCGAAACUUGUCUUCAAGCAAGGCAUCUUCCGCUUGUAUGAGGACCAAAACAUAUCCGCAGAUGAUCCUUUCUGGAUAAAGUUCUGGGAGCUACCUGAAUCUACUGAAGACGUCUUCAGUUUGUUCACUCCGACAGACAUACGCCGUGUCCGCGAUUCGUCCUUAGCCAACCUCGAAACACUUCUCCUCGCUAUUUGCUCUCGCCUGAUCGUCUUGAAGAAUCACCCUUCAUUUCCCGAUCCCGAAUUUGCUCCAGACACCAAUGCAUUGAACUGCAUUCGCAUCUUGACGAGAAUCCUUCCGUUCGUAUAUGAAGCAGACCAUCUCGAGGAAUGGGAGGAACAGUUCUUUUGGGCGCCUCGCAAGAAGAAGACACGCCAGGCACAGGUCGCGUCAGAGGUUCUCUUUGACGAAGCCCAAGGAGAGACGGAUAAUGCCCAAACUCAGCCCAGAGUUGACGGCCGCGAAGAUGCGAAACCUUUGGCAGAGGAGCUGAUAGAUACUCUUACGGAUCUUCUAUUCUAUACCGGCUUCACUAUUCCAAAACUUGCCUCAUCAGAGGGGAAAGUGUCGUACGCAAUAUGGCAAAGUGGAGUUGGAUGCAAUACAUCGAUGGUCUCGACCAAGGAACAUGAAAACAAUCGCAUGGAGAUAUUGAGACUUCUGCUCACUCUGACCGGCAAAUCCAUGUAUAUGUCUCCAACCCUCCUUCCGGUUAAGGGUGUCAAAGCCAUCACAUACCUUGCUACGUGCUCUGAUAAGCAGAUUGUUCUGACCCUCCUCUGCUCAUUAUUGAAUACCACGAUCAAAUAUAAUCCGGCUAUAUGGAGGGUGCCAUACGAUCAUGUCGUCUGGAAAGACUCGAAGCAAAUUCUAGUCAUUUACUGUCUACAGCUACUGCUGGUUAUUCUACUAUACCCUAUCCCGGAGGACGGGCGUGGCGCGCCUCCUAAGAACUAUUAUCGUCAUUACUUUGGAAGACUUCAUCGACCACAAGAUUUUCAGUUCCUUGUUGAGGGCAUGACGAGAAUCCUUAACCAACCAAUGCAAGUAACGAGUUCAUACCUCCCCGGCAGUCAAAAAUCCGUCAAAUGGGCCCCUGAAAUGCUUAUGUUAUUCUGGGAAGCGCUGCAGUGCAAUAAGCGGUUCAGAGCUUUUAUCAUUGAAUCUAAUCGGUCUCAUGAUUUUGUCAUCCUUUGCAUUUUCUAUGCAACUGAGUAUCGGAACGACCCUUCGAAACAAGGAAUGGUGAAGAUGUGCAUAUUCAUUCUCCAGACUCUGAGUGUCGAAGUCAGCUUCGGGAAACGUCUAAAUAUGAAGUUUGAGGCUCAAGAUACCUUGCCGACGAGUAUACGUAUUGCUGGAUUUCGCGGUACUUAUGCCGACUAUCUCAUUAUCUCAAUACAUACUUUGAUGACCAGCAGCAAAGGAAAGCUCGAUGCUGUCUAUCCUGCUCUCAUGGCUAUUCUGAAAAAUAUUGGGCCAUACGUGGAGCGAUUGUCCUCGACUGCUUGCUCGAAAAUACUACAACUUUUCGCUUCCAUGUCAUCCCCAAGCUUUUUGCUUGCGAAUGAAACGAAUAACUACCUUCUUUCGGCCUUGCUUGAAUUUAUGAAUGUGGUUUUAGAGCAUCAAUUCACGAGAAACCCUUUCCUGGUCUAUGGUAUAUUGAAAACGAGGAAAAAGUUCGAAUCUCUACGUACAUUUACGCUAGAAAGCGGACAACAGGAAAUAGAACGUCAGAACCAACUCAAAAAAGCGGCUUCUUCAACCGAUGGACUCACUGGUUCGGCGUCUCAGUCCAUGGAGGACCUACGAAGGUCCAGUGGUGCGCGAUCCUCAUUGACUCACAUUCCAGAAGAGAACAGUCCAUUCGCUAUUGGAGGUGACGACUCUGAGGAUGAAGGCGAGAUUCCAACCACUCCUUCCCAAUCAUCUCCUUCCCUACGGAACUCACGCGCACCCUCAAUAUCGUCCUCUCUUGAUGACAGUGUACCAUUACAGGUCAGAGGAAUGUCUGAAAAGGCUAGGGGCAAGAGGCCGGCUGGUCAGAUGGGCUUUUCUCGACAGAACAGCUUGACCAGUUUAAGCAGUUAUUCCGCUACGAUUCAUUCUACGGCCGCUUCUUUUAUCCCGACGGCUGCAUGGAUCGAAUCUUGGGUAGUGGAACUCCCAUUGCAUACUAUCCUGACUAUCAUCUCGUCGAUUCUACCUCACAUACCCGAUGCCGCCUUACAAUCAUCUUCGAACCCUGAAGCCAGAACCUUGAUCAACAACCUCCCCACUUUCGCCGAAGAGCCCAAUAUACGCGCUUUACUAGCGGAACCAUCUGCAAUAAAGGUCCACUCCUUCGAAUGGUCUGCACUCGCCUUGGGCUGGUACGAAUCACUACUCUGGGGCUUCAUCUUCUCAAGUGAGAUGCUCGUUGGAUCAGCAAGUAACUCCACGCCAGGCUCAGUGGGCGUUUGGAACGGAACAGGAAUCAAGCUCUUCAAAGUCCAGGAAACAGCCGCUCAGGGCCCGUCGCUGCUGGCUCCAAAGGGCGCCGUUGACGCCGUAGGUAGCAACCUCGUUAACCGGAUAGGUAAUUUGAGGCUGCCUGGACGAAGUAACACUCAGGAUAGUUCGAACGGUGUCCAUUCGCCAAGCACCCGAGAGGUCUGAACUCGUUUGAUUGAAUUGUAUGAAUGAUGCAUAUCUUUUGAGUUUUCAGCCACGCGGGCGUUAUAGUUAUUUUAGGUAUUGUAAAGCGCCAUUCUAUUCGAACAUAUUAGUGAGGUAUAUACUUAGUCCAUCUUGAUUUCAUUUCGUCCCGUACGGCUGUGUACUUCGGUCUCAAAGCCCUUCCCUAG